AUGUCAGUGGGAAUAGCUCCUCUAAAUCCUAAACCGUUUUUAAAUAGUUUAGCAGGAAAAAGAGUUGUAAUUAAAUUGAAAUGGGGCAUGGAGUAUAAAGGAAAUUUAAAAUCUUUUGAUGCUUACAUGAACAUCAGAUUAAUAAACGCAGAAGAAUGGAUACAUGGUGAUUAUAAGGGAACAUUAGGAGAAAUAUUUUUAAGAUGCAACAAUAUAUUGUAUAUAAGAGAAGAAAACGAAAAAAGCAAAACCGAAAAAUAA